AUGGCGACCACGACGCACACAAACAUAGAUCCAAUCUCGGAAAAGCGGGAUGCGACUGCUAUUCCUUCUUCCCGCGUGCGUGUCGAUUCAGUCUUCACAGAUAACGAGAGUGAUGACAAUGGCGUUUCUCCUAUGCCUGAUUUGAUCCCCGUUAAUUCCACCCUACGUAAGGUCCAAGAACCGUUGAAUCCCGCUGUCAAAAAUUCCGCGGAUGUGCUAUCAAAGAAUCCAUCUGACUCUAAGCAUAAUCGGACUCAACCAAGAACCAAACACACAGCCUGUAUUCCCAAAUCCGUCUAUCCGCCUGCGAUCAGAGCCGUUUCCCAUGAUUCCUCGCAAGUUGAACCAGUCGUAACCCGGGAUAGAACCAGCCGAAAGCAUUUCCCUUCAUCUUCAUCAUCGACUGGUUCAAGUGGAGCCAAGUCACGGGUGAACAGCGUUUCUCAUCGCCCCUCAUCUGCUCAGGUUGUAGUGGCUACUGCUGGCAGCUCCUAUUAUUUCAACAGCAGUGGUGAGCAGAUCUGGUUGUGUCCAAUAUGUCUACAGGAAGAUGACGGCAACCUCAUGAUUGGAUGUGAUAGUUGUGACGAUUGGUACCAUAGCACCUGUCUUGGGCUCUCUGCGGAACCAGAAGAUCCACACUGGUUUUGUCCUCGGUGUGCCGGUCAGUCAUUGCCUGUGAGCUCCGGAAGUGCUAACCUUACCCCUGGCCCUGUACAGCUACCUCCCCUCCUUUCCACACCCACGGUGAGCGGCACAAAUCGGAAGAAGGUGGAAUCUGGGCAUCGUUCCACUACAGGCUCCCACUCAAAGCACGCCAAACGUGGAACCAAACGAUAG